AUAAAAAGCUUUUAAACCUGUUGGACGUAUUUUAUUUGAACCAACAUUUAAAACGGUUGUGUCGGUAAAACAGCUGUUUUGCUGUUAGUGGUGCUUCUAAAGCAAAAAAAAAAUUGAGAAAAAACAAAGACAAUUUUGCACAAUAAGUUUAUAAUUGUAAUUUUGUUUGUAAUAAAAAGUAACACACAUUUAACUAUAUACAUAAAAUUUAAAAGUGAACGCGCUUUUUGCAUUUUACAACAAUAAAAAAUCAAGAAAAAACCAGUAAACCAUAACGAGAGAAGAAAAAAUAAUAGCAACAACCUUCAAACAUGUAUAAAACCAAAAGUAUUUACAACAACUUAAUUGUCAACAUCAUUAUCAUCGUUUUAAUGUGCAAUUAUGUCUUCUCGACUCCCAUGUUGUACAAACGUAAUCCUGAUGAUAAAUACGAAAGAGAUUUAGUGCCAGUAUCAUCUACAGUUAUACCUUUAACGGUACUUGAAGUAAGUUAUGGACUGGGUGGUAAACCCAGCGAGGAAUACAAGGAGGCCUACCUUAAGAAACUUCGCAAAAAAGUUCAACAUGAAAAGACCGAAGGUGAAAUUUAUAAAGAUCCCGACACUUUAAUAACGAUUAAAAAGAAACACAAUGACGCCAACGAUAAGGCCAAAGUCAAGGGCAUCAUAACCGCUUCAAAAUCUGCUGAAAGCUAGACGAAAGAUUGAAAUUACGCACAAAUUUGAUUAUUAUUAUUAAAAAUUGUAAAUAAAACGAAACAUUAAUUUUUCUAACGCCAUAAUAAAAAUAAAAGCAAUAAUAAAAAUACA